AUGGGAAAUCGGCGUAUUAUGAUCUCGCUUGUUCUUGCUGUAUCAAUAGCAAAUAUUCUACAUUAUUCAUGCGUGAACGCACACAGCGAACCAGAAGACUACGUACUCAUGCAUAGUUGUAUACGAAAAGCAUUUGGCUUGGAACCACUGUGUUGGGAUCGUAAACUAGCAGAAGUUGCCCAAAAUUGGGCCGAUCAAAGGAAAGAUUGUAAAUUGAUACACAAUAACAGUCCGUAUGGUGAAAAUAUGGGUAUGGGGCCGGAUCUUAAUGCUUUAUGGGCGACUCAGAUGUGGAUUGACGAGAAAAGAGACUAUGACUACGAUUCAAACACAUGUAAAGAAGGAAAGAUGUGUGGCCAUUAUACGCAAGUGGUUUGGGCAAAUUCAAAAAGAAUUGGAUGUGGUAGGACUCAAUGCGAUAACGGUUGGGCCUACGUGGUUGUUUGCAAUUAUGACCCUCCAGGGAAUUAUGCUGGCGAGAAGCCUUACUGA